CUCACACUAGACAAAAUGACCCUAUUUGGAAAAGUUCAGAGUAGAAGAAUUGCCCAGAAGAUCAACAUAAUGCCACUCAUCUCAUUUAUCACCAGCUAAAGUAUGAAAAUAAGAAAAAAGAUGCCAUUGGUUCAUUCCUACAGAAUUGAAAAUGCCGAGAAAAUGGUUUUGAAAGCUCUGCUUCUCUUCCUCCUCUUUCAAUUAUGCACUUCCAGGGACACCAUGAGAGGGAACGAAGAACAAUUGAAGGAUGUUGAUGGUGACUAUUUAGUGUCCAAAGAAAGCAAGUUUGAAUUGGGUUUCUUCAGCCCCGGAAAUUCUAGCAACCGGUAUGUUGGAGUCUGGUAUUCUCAGACUAGAGUAUCUAAUAAAACAGUGGUGUGGGUUGCAAACAGGAACAAUCCUAUCAAUGAUACCUCUGGUGUGCUCACAAUAAACAGGUAUGGAGAACUAGUCCUUUAUGCUCAUAACAUGGAAAGCACUCCUAUUUGGUCUACUAACGUGUCGCGGUCGGUUCAAAAUGUUAACACAAGCACUUCAUCUACACAGCUUUUAGAUACAGGAAAUUUAGUUGUGUUCCAGGAUGAUAAAAAUGGAAUCUUUAUAUGGCAAAGUUUUGAUCAUCCUAUAGAUACUUUAAUUCCAGGUAUGAAAGUUGGGGUGAGUUGGAAAACUGGGCAAGAAUGGGUUUUAACAUCUUGGAAGUCACAAGAUGACCCUGGAACUGGGGACUAUACCUAUAGGCUAAGUUCAGAUCAUAAUGCAUCUCCCCAAUUUUUUUUGUAUAAAGGUUUGAGUAAGUAUUGGCGAAGUGAUCCAGGGCCAGCGCCUACUUUGGUCGCUAAUCAAGAUGAAACUUAUUUUUUCAUGAAUGAAACCAAUGCAAUUACAAGAAUAACAGUGACUGAUUCUGCCUUAGAGCACCUUAUAUGGGAUGGUGGUGGCUUUCAAUGGAAGGAAGACUUCUCUGCACCGAAGUCCCGGUGUGACAGGUACGGACAGUGUGGUGCCAACAGCAGAUGUAGCCCUGACAAUGUUAAUCUGUUUGAGUGUGACUGUUUGCCAGGGUAUGUGCCUAAUUCUGUAAGUGAUUGGAAUCAGAAAAAUGGUUCAGGUGGAUGUGUGAGUAAUCGACUUGGUUUGUUGAAGUGUGGAGAUGGAGACGGGUUUAUAAAGGUGGCAAGAGUUAAAUAUCCAGACACAACGAUAGCAGCAUCGUUAAAAUCAGGUAUGAGUGACAAAGAGUGUGCACAGGAGUGCCUAAGAAAUUGUUCUUGCACUGCAUAUUUGAGCACUGAAAAUGAAGGGAUUGUUGAUUGCUUGACAUGGUAUGAUGACUUGAUGGACAUUUUAGUGUACACAGAGCUUGGACGAGAUCUCUAUGUUCGUGUGAAUGCAACUGUGUUAGCGGCAAAUGCCGGAAGAUCACAAGGUUUCUUGGAAAGGAGGGGUAUGCUGGCUAUUCCAAUACUGUCUACUGCGCUAGCAUUGGUACUAAUCAUUAUGCUUGCAUGGAAGUGGCAUAAGAAGAACAGGAACACAAGAGGCAUAGACUUUGUGGAGGCAGAGGAGCUUGAGGAAACUCAGAGACACCCCGAAUUGCAAUUUUUCGAUCUUGACACAAUAAUAGCAGCCACAGACCACUUCUCUCGUGUCAAUGAACUUGGCCGUGGUGGCUUUGGCUCUGUUUAUAAGGGUCAGCUAUCAAAUGAACAGAAAGUUGCUGUGAAAAGAUUGUCCAAAACUUCAGGACAAGGGAUUGAAGAAUUUAAGAAUGAAGUUGCACUUAUAGCAAGACUUCAACACAGGAACCUUGUGAAACUUUUAGGCUGUUGUAUAAAGGGAGAAGAAAGGAUGUUAGUCCUAGAAUACAUGCCUAACAAAGGCUUGGACUCCUUUCUUUUUGAUAAGACAAGACGGUCCUUCUUGGAUUGGGAAAAGCGUUUUGAAAUUAUCAACGGGAUUGCUCGUGGGAUUCUGUAUCUUCACCAAGACUCAAGAUUGAGGAUUAUUCAUAGAGAUCUAAAAACUAGUAAUGUUCUACUAGAUGAUGAGAUGAACCCAAAAAUUUCUGAUUUUGGCAUGGCUAGAAUAUUCCAUGGAGACCAACUGCAAGAUAAGACGAGCCGAAUUGUUGGAACAUAUGGAUACAUGUCACCAGAGUAUGCAGUAUUUGGGAGAUUUUCCACAAAGUCUGAUGUCUUUAGUUUUGGGAUCAUAAUGUUGGAGAUUGUAAGUGGCCAGAAAAACAAUGGUUCUGAUCUAGAGGAUUCUUCCGUGAACUUAAUAGGACGUGUAUGGGAGCUCUGGAGAGAAGGCAGAGCCUUGGAUAUUGUGGAUUCAACACUGAAGUCAUAUCAUCCAAAUGAAGCCAUGAGAUGCAUACAAGUUGCGCUCUUGUGUGUACAAGAAGAUCCGAAUGACCGACCUGCCAUGUCAGCCAUUGUUUUCAUGUUGAGUGAUGAAGCAUCUCCUCCAUUGCCAAAGCAGCCGGCAUCUGUUUACGAAAGAAAAUUCGGCACUCAUGUUGAUCCAUUACUUUCAAACAGAUCUUCUUCUAUAAAUCACUUGACAGUAACUACAAUGGAAGCUCGAUAAUGAUGCAAACUUAUAAUUUUGACAAUAUGUACUUGUUUUAGUUUAGCGAAUUUUCAUCAGAAAUUGUGUUUUGAUUUCCUAAAGUACUAUUUGUUUAUGCAAACACCAGAUAAGAGAUUCGGAUAUUACAA